AUGUCAUCAUUAAUAUUAUUUUUACAAGAAAUUGCUCCAGUAAAUCUACGUGGUAGACUAUCUUUUUAUUCAGAACUUUCAUUUGUUCUAACAAAUGCAAUUGGGGCAUUUGCUGCAUUUAUUCCUUCAACAAUAGUAAUACUUUUCUUACUUUUUCUCCAUGAAACACCAAGUUUUUUAUAUUCAAUAAAGAAAGAUGAAGAUAAAGCAUUACUUUCUAUUUCAUUUUAUCAUGGAACAAUUGACAAAACAGAACAGUUACAAUUUCUUGAAAGCAAUUCAUCAAAAGAAAGUCAAAAAUUAUCCUUUAAUCAUUUUAAAGAACUUUUUACAAUAGAUCAUUUAAGAAAAGGAUUAAUACUUGGAUUAUUUUCAUUACAAAUAACAUGUUCAAUAUGGCCUAUAAUAUAUUAUUCAACAGAUUUUUUAAUAAGAAGUAAUGUGUUAGUGUUGUCGCAACAUUUUGUGGUCACUUUAUUUUUAUUUUGGAUGUUUGAUCAAAUUCGUAUUUAUUCAGAUAUUGAUUAUUUUAAAUAUGGUUGUGUUUUUGCCAUAUUUUUGCAUGGAAUAUCGUAUUCAUUUGCAACAGGUCCUAUAGCUUGGUUUAUUGAAGCAGAAUUAAUACCAAUAUCACAUAGAUUAUUAGCUCAAACAUUUUGCUUAUCUGCCAAUCAUUUAGCAGCUUUAGUAUUAACAUUUAUAACUUUGCCAUUAUACAAUUUAAUUGGAUCUCAUACAAUUUUUGUUUUGUUUGUUCUUCCUGCCUCUGGAGUAUUAAUAUGGAUUUAUAAAUAUUUACCAGAAACAAAAAAUAAGUCAAUAAGUGAAGUUAUUGAGAUGUUAAAAAUAUAA